AAAAAGAGACUCGGCGAGCCCUCGCUGUGGUGCCGCCGCCGCCGCCGCUGGAGUUGACUCUUCUGCUCGCACUGCUGCUGCAGCACAAACGUGACUUCCAACAUUUUUUAUUUAUCUUUCCUUUUUCUUUUCCAAGAUGUAACUACGGAUCAGACACUAAGGACCUUCACGUUUCGCUGAUGUAGUUUUUGGAGGAAAAAGGGGGGGGGAGUGAAGGGCGUCGGUUUUUUUUUGUGUGUGUGUGUGUUUCGGGGGAAAUUUUCCAUUAUGAGUGUUUUACUAAAGUGAAAUUUUUUUUUGUUUGCUUCGUCUUUGGCUUUUUUUUUUUUCCUUCCCAAUUUCGGAUUUAUUUCAAGGCGAAUCGGGCUUUGGGGGAAGAGGAAGAAAAGUCGGAUUCCAAGAUCAACCACCACCACCAACAACAAUAAAAACCACCAGGAUAUUUUUUUGCAAAUUUCUGACGGCUUUAAAUUCAUGAAGCAAUUGUCCCCUUUUGCAAUCAGCAUUUGGAUCUCAGAAUGAGCAAGGAAAGACCCAAGAGGAAUAUCAUUCAGAAGAAAUACGAUGACAGUGAUGGGAUUCCAUGGUCAGAAGAAAGGGUGGUACGUAAAGUCCUUUAUUUGUCUCUGAAGGAGUUCAAGAAUGCCCAGAAGAGGCAGCAUGGUGAAGGCAUUGCUGGGAGCCUGAAAGCAGUGAACGGGCUCCUUGGUAAUGGCCAGUCUAAGGGAUUAGGACCAGCAUCAGAACAGUCAGAGAAUGAGAAGGACGAUGCAUCCCAAGUGUCCUCAACUAGCAACGAUGUUAGUUCUUCAGAUUUUGAAGAAGGGCCGUCGAGGAAAAGGCCCAGGCUGCAAGCACAAAGGAAGUUUGCUCAAUCCCAGCCGAAUAGUCCCAGCACAACUCCAGUAAAGAUAGUGGAGCCAUUGCUACCCCCUCCAGCUACUCAAAUUUCUGACCUCUCUAAAAGGAAGCCUAAGACAGAAGAUUUUCUUACCUUUCUCUGCCUUCGAGGUUCUCCUGCGCUGCCCAACAGCAUGGUAUAUUUCGGAAGCUCUCAGGACGAGGAGGACGUCGAGGAGGAAGAUGAUGAGACAGAAGACGUCAAAACAGCUACCAACAACGCUUCAUCUUCAUGCCAGUCAACCCCCAGGAAAGGAAAAACCCACAAGCAUGUUCACAAUGGACAUGUUUUCAAUGGUUCCAGCAGGUCAUCACGGGAGAAGGAACCUGUUCAGAAACACAAAAGCAAAGAGGCCACUCCGGCGAAGGAGAAGCACAGUGAUCCCCGGGCCGACGGCCGGAGGGAGCAGGCUUCCGCGAGCCACCCCCCAGCGGCCCCCUCCGCGGGCUCCUCUGCCAGAGGGCUCCCCGCUCACCACCACCCCCCUCUGCAUCGGUCGGCUCAGGACUUACGGAAACAGGUUUCUAAGGUCGGCGGAGUCACUCGAAUGUCAUCUCUGGGUACAAGUGCAGCCAGUGCCAAAAAGAUGCGCGAAGUCAGACCUUCACCGUCCAAAACUGUGAAGUACACUGCAACGGUGACGAAGGGGACUGUCACAUACACCAAAGCCAAGAGAGAACUGGUCAAGGAAACCAAACCUAAUCACCACAAGCCCAGUUCAGCUGUCAACCACACAAUCUCAGGGAAAACUGAAAGUAGCAAUGCAAAAACCCGAAAACAGGUGCUAUCCCUCGGGGGGGCGUCCAAGUCCACCGGGCACACCGUCAAUGGCCUCAAGGUCAGUGGCAGGUUGAACCCAAAGUCAUGCACUAAGGAGGGGGGGGGGCGGCAGCUGCGGGAGGGUCUGCGGAACUCCAAGCGGAGGCUGGAAGAGGCGACCCCGGCCGACAAGCCGCAGUCGCCCCCCAAGAAGAUGAAGGGGGCGGCGGGUGCUGCCGAGGGUCCCGGCAGGAAGGCGGCCCCGGCCCCCGUGGAGAAGGCGCCUCCUGGCGGCCACGGGAAGAAGGAGGUGCCCGAGCGGAGCCUGGAGAGGAACCGGCCGAAGCGGGUGACGGCCGGCAAGGGCCCGCCGGGCAGACAAGCACACGGCAAGCCGGACGGCGUCCCCUGUGAAAAUCGUUCUACCUCGCAAUCGGAGCCCCUGCCCCGGCCGCACGAGGCGGCGGCCAAGGCCGAGAAGGGGGCCGGCAGGGCCGGGUGGGCGGCCAUGGACGAGAUCCCUGUCUUGCGGCCGUCGGCCAAGGAGUUCCACGACCCGCUCGUCUACAUCGAGUCGGUGCGCCCUCAGGUGGAGAAGUACGGCAUGUGCAGGGUGAUCCCGCCCCCGGACUGGCGGCCCGAGUGCAAGCUCAACGACGAGAUGCGCUUCGUCACGCAGAUCCAGCACAUCCACAAGCUGGGCCGGCGCUGGGGCCCCAAUGUGCAGCGGCUGGCCUGCAUCAAGAAGCACCUCAGAUCUCAGGGCAUCACCAUGGACGAGCUCCCGCUCAUAGGAGGCUGUGAGCUCGACCUGGCCUGCUUUUUCCGGCUGAUUAACGAGAUGGGCGGCAUGCAGCAAGUGACUGACCUCAAAAAAUGGAACAAACUAGCAGACAUGCUGCGCAUCCCCAAAACCGCCCAGGACCGGCUGGCCAAGCUCCAGGAGGCCUACUGCCAGUACCUGCUCUCCUAUGACUCCCUGUCCCCCGAGGAGCACCGGCGCCUGGAGAAGGAGGUGCUGAUGGAGAAGGAGAGCCUGGAGAGGCGCAAGGGGCCCCUGGAGGGCCACACGGAGCAGGACUACAACCGCUUCCACCCGCUGCCCCGCUUCGAGCCCAAGAACGGGCUCAUCAACGGCGUGGCCCACAGGAACGGCUUCCGCAGCAAGCUGAAGGAGGUGGGCCCCGCACAGCUCAAGACGGGGCGGCGGCGACUCUUUGCUCAGGAAAAGGAGGUGGUGAAGGAGGAGGAGGAGGACAAAGGCAUCCUCAGCGACUUCCACAAGUGUAUAUAUAAGGGAAGGUCUGUUUCUUUAACGACUUUUUACCGAACAGCAAGAAAUAUCAUGAACAUGUGCUUCAGCAAGGAGCCCGCACCAGCUGAAAUCGAGCAAGAGUACUGGAGGCUCGUGGAGGAGAAGGACUGCCACGUGGCCGUGCACUGCGGCAAGGUGGACACCAACACCCACGGCAGCGGCUUCCCGGUGGGAAAAUCAGAACCGUUUUCAAGACACGGAUGGAACCUCACCGUCCUCCCCAACAACACGGGCUCCAUCCUGCGUCACCUUGGUGCUGUGCCUGGAGUGACAAUUCCCUGGCUAAAUAUUGGCAUGGUCUUUUCUACCUCAUGCUGGUCUCGAGACCAAAACCACCUUCCCUACAUUGACUACUUACACACUGGUGCUGACUGCAUUUGGUAUUGCAUUCCUGCUGAGGAGGAGAACAAGCUCGAGGACGUGGUGCACACCCUGCUGCAAGCCAAUGGCACCCCCGGCCUGCAGAUGCUCGAGAGCAACGUCAUGAUCUCCCCGGAGGUGCUGUGCAGGGAGGGGAUCGAGGUGCACAGGACAGUGCAGCAGAGCGGCCAGUUCGUCGUCUGCUUCCCGGGAUCCUUUGUGUCCAAAGUGUGUUGCGGCUACAGCGUCUCUGAGACCGUGCACUUCGCCACCACCCAGUGGACGAGUAUGGGCUUCGAGACGGCCAAGGAGAUGAAGCGUCGCCACAUAGCUAAGCCGUUCUCCAUGGAGAAGUUACUCUACCAGAUCGCACAAGCGGAAGCGAAAAAGGAAAACGGUCCCACUCUCAGUACCAUCUCAGCCCUUCUGGACGAGCUCAGGGACACGGAGCUGCGGCAGCGGCGGCAGCUGUUCGAGGCCGGCCUCCACUCCUCCGCCCGCUACGGCAGCCACGAGGGCAGCAGUGCGGUGCCCGACGGGAAGAAGAAGCCUCGGAAGUGGCUGCAGCUGGAGACCUCGGAGAGGCGGUGCCAGAUCUGUCAGCACCUGUGCUACCUGUCCAUGGUCGUGCAGGAGAACGAGAACGUGGUCUUCUGCCUGGAGUGCGCCCUGCGCCACGUGGAGAAGCAGAAGUCCUGCCGCGGCCUGAAGCUCAUGUACCGCUAUGACGAGGCCGAGGGCCGCUUCAGGGGCCUCGCGGCUGCGUCCAUCUGGUCUCCGUGUCCUCAGAGCAGCCCGACCCUGGGGCCCCGGGACUCGGCCUGAGGAGCCUUCCUGGACCUGGCCCCGCGGGGUCUCUGGGACACAAAGUGCCAACCGCCGUGCCCGUCUGCCCGUGUCGGCGUCCCGCCCUGCAGCUGCCAGCGGUUCUGCUGUGGGUCAGCGCGUGGUGAACUUCAGAGCCUGCGGCCACUUGCUGAACUGCGGGCGGCACCCGAGGGGGUGGCCCUGAGAGUGCCCACGCCCUUGCCCUCACCCCAGGGCCUCGGCAGACACGGAGCCUUUCACUUUUUGCUCCUGAAGGUUUCACCUGAAUAAAACCCAGUUCCGCCCUCUCUGAAAACCGCAGCCGUCCCCAGGGGCAGGUCCGUGUGAGGUGCUUUCUGUGUUGGCUGGCCUCCACUGCCCACUAGGUGCCCCCAUGCGGAGGGCACUGCUCCAGCCGGCAUGGAGCACCCAGGGCUCCGCUUCCAGAGCAGCCGGUCUCGUCUCGUCACGUGUGUUUUACGUGCUUCCAGGCUGCUCUGCGAUUGCCUUUCCAGGUACAAGCGCGCAGCUCCGGAGACACGUGGCCCUUUUACUCCUUGACUGACCCGGAGUCCUUUUUGGGGGGGGGGGUCACCUUGGGAGACUGCUCUGGGGACCCCGUGGCCCCUCCUGGCCCGCCCUCUUCCAGAGAAGCGUCCUCCUCCCUUUGGUGUCCGGCCGUGAGCCCCUCUCUGAGGGUGGAACCUGCCGGCUCCCCCAUCCCCACUGCCCCCCAAACCUGGGGCGGCCAGUCCCACGUAAGGCGGCCUCAUCCGGCCAUCACACACGGCAGCCCCGGGCAGGGCAGGGCAGGGCCGGGCCGGGUGCCCCGGGAGGCGAUGGGGGCGCCCGUGGGGUCUCAGGCUGUGGUCGGACCUGAUCAGAAGCCUUUGGCUAAAUUGUAAGAUUGGAAAGCUGAAAACAGAUCUCUUUGCAUCUUCUUUGUUUUCAAAGAGCGUGUUCAGCGAAGGCAAUAACCACUUUCCCCUCCCUGCUUCUUCACUUGAACAGCAAAUGUCAGAGCACGGUUAAAAAUAAACCCUCGUGUCUGAGUCAGAGCAUCUCUGGCAACUCGCAGGGUACAGCCGGCGGCGCUGGGGCUUCUCGAGAUGAUUCUGAAGCUCGACAAAACGUGGGUUAGUUUCCACUUCCAGCCCAUCUUGGAGCUAGGUGUCUUGAUGUGACCAAAAUCCUGGAAAAGAAUCACAUAUGUAGGGUCUGUCGGUCUGAAGCUUAAUCAUUGGUUCUCACGCAUAGAGAAGAGAAAAGGUUUUGUAAGCCUCCUACUUUGCCAGUGGUCUGUUUUAGUAAAUGAAAAUCACAAGUCAGUUCCCUAUUGAGUUGAACUGUAUUUUUUUUUUUUUUUUAUUGGGGAAUUUCCAGCUCUGGGUUGGAUCUCAGAAAUGGCUUUUGAGAGCACAGCUCUGGUCUGAGCCCCGGUGCCCAGCAGUCAGACCCCUCUGUCCAGCCGU